AUGCUAGGAUCGCGGUUGCCCGAGGUCCACAGCCCUGAGCAAAACGCGGCGCUGCAUGAGCUUGCGCUCGUCGACGGCAAAGGCACAUGGCUAGACGCUGAAAGGACCGGCCUCGGCGGGAGGGACUUUGUCUGGUCUAGCCGGGCCAAAAUGGAGUACGCCAACUUUGUCGGGAAUGGUACCGACACAACCGAGGCAAAAGAUUGCCUUCAGGGCAAUGGGCUGCCAUCCCCUGCUGGACUCAGACAGACGUGCUAUGUGAAACAGAUUCGGUAC